CCAAGAGAAAAAAUUCAGCGAGCAUUUAAACCUACAACCAUCCACGCUCCCCUCACACAAACACCCUCACAAUCGCAGAAUGGCGCCACGGUUACGCAGCGGCGGCAAUGGCCUCUCUCCGCUGCUCCUCACGUGCGUCGAGGGCUUGUCGCAGCGAGGGGGGAGUCGUCCGCUGGCAGGACUGACGGCCAUAAUCCAAAACCAAAGCCAACGCAUAACAACACCCCGAUCCUCGUCGCGCUCACCGCCAUGCUCGGCACCCUUCUCCACGUCGGCUCCCUGCGAGCUCAAUCGCGAGCAGCGCCGUAUGUGGGCCUGGCUCAGAGGCCAAGGCAAGAAGUUCAAGACGGCGCCUGACCCCGACCAGCCCGGCCCCGACGGCGACACAGCACGCGGCAACGGCGGCGGGCCAAACUACGUGGGCAGCUUCGACGGCACCCAGGUCUUCAGAAACAACAAGCUCUUCAAGAGCGAGCCUGUGCUCUCCGAGAAGGCCCGCGAUGCCAUCUUCUCGGCCGUCGUCGAGGACCAGCUGCCCCUCAAGGCCGUCUCCCAGAAGUUCGGCGUCGACAUGCGUCGCAUCGCCGCCGUCGUCCGCAUGAGGUCGAUUGAGCGCAAUUGGAUCGCAUCGAAGAAACCGCUCGCGAAACCCUACCAGAGAGCCGUCUUGGCCAUGCUGCCCCAAGCCGACCUAAACCCGGGGGAGAUGCCGUUCGAGCCCAUCAACGACAUCCACGUGCACAUGGCGACGAUGCAGCAGCUCUUCCACCCGACGUCCGAGUCGCGCCACUUUACACGCCGGGACGCGGCCAAGGCGUUUGGCGCGCACACCCUGCCGCCCGACCACAAGCUGCGCAUCCCCGAGAUGAUCGACCUGGAGCGCAAGCUGGCCAGCGGCGUGCCGUCGGAGGAGGCGCACGACGAGUUCGUGGCCCAGACGGCCAGGACGGAGGCGUCGCGUGCGAAACGGCUCAAGGGACGACGCACUAUGGCAGAGCUCAACAGAACGCGCGUCGCCACGGACCGCUUCGAGUUCCGCUUCGAGAACUUCAACUCGUCGGCCGUCGGCCGCACCGGCCGCGGCCGCACCGCCGUCGGCUGGCGCUACGGCGUGCCGUCGCACGACCGCAAGCCGGACCAGGUCAAGAUUCCCACAAAGAUGGAAUAAACGUCUCCCGUCACCGGGAACGCCGGUUUCUGGAGCGUGGAGAUGUGUAUUUUUAUUACGAUGAAGCCGCGGCAGCAAUCCCCCGGUUAUAUAAUCCCGUGUGUCCCACGUCACAGUCUACUGAUACAAGGGGAGAGGGCAUGCGGCGGGGGAGCAGAGGGCGUCUGUUUAUCUAAGCCCGCCAGGGGGAUUAUUUGCCUAGCAUGGCCCAGCCUCGGUAUUUCCUCUUCUGCGGAGGGUUUUAUUUUUUCCCCCCCUUUUCUGUCAGCCAGACGCGGCAGCUGUAUAUAUGUGUGUAUACUAGCAUUUUAGUACCCAGCAAUGGCAGGCUCUGAUUUUGUCCACAUCUCUGUGCUCGUAGGGGGCUUGUCUUCCUACCUAGG